UUUAUUUCCUCCGUUCGUAAAAUCAGUCCGAGUUCCAUGGAGAGAUAAAUACCUCAAAUUUAGGGUUUUGUUGGUGAAACGAAUUCGGAGGUUGAAGACAAUGGCGAAGUUCAAUGUAGUUCAGAAGCAAAGACGAGCACUUAAAGCUCAGAUGAAGAGAGACGCUCAUGGUGAUCCCUUGACCAAGAAGCUCAAGAUCAAACAACAACCUACUUAUGUAUCCAGCAAGCGUAAGCGCAAAUUGAUGAAGAAAAAACGCAGAGAAGAGAAGGAAGCUUUACAGAUGGGUCUGACAAACAUGGAAGAUGUUGAAAUGGCUGUUGCUGAAGAACUUAAAAACACCAAUAGGACGUCGACCAAGUUCCAUGUGAAGAAGAGUGUUAGGCUCAGGCAAUUAAGGAGCAAAGGCAAGAAGAACAAAGGGAAAUCUUCUUCCAGUUCAGGUUCUACAGCAUCAGGCGAUGCUAUGGUAGAGUAAAAUAGGUGACUGAAGAAAGUUCUUUUGUUUGUUUUAUUUUGUUCUGAAUGCCUAUACUUUUAUUGUAAUAUCAUAUUUGGCUCGUAUUAAAUGCAAUUAUCUGUAGCUUUGCAGGAAAAGAUUCUAACUGAAAGUUAAAAUCUUGAUUGAACCCUAGAAAGAUAAGGAUGUAGAUUGCUUUGAGAAAGAAACACAUAAACCAAAUGCUAAUUGUAAAGAUUGCAGCAAAUAUGAUAAACUCAAUUGAAAUCAAAUGGCCAUAAUCUCAAAA